GCUCCAGUGCUAGAGUAUCGCUUCAUAAGUCAGACGCUGCAGCCGGGUCCCUCAGUCAGCUUAAAAUGCAUCGCUUCUGGAGCACCAACACCACACGUCUCGUGGACCCUGGAUGGCUUCCCUCUUCCUCAGCAUGACAGACUGGUGGUCGGGCAGUACGUAGUUAUGGGAGGUGCAGUGGUGAGCCACGUUAAUCUGACGGGGGUGCGGUCGGAGGACGGAGGUGCCUACACCUGCAUUGCCUCUAACAGAGCCGGCUCCACCUCCCACACUGCCAAGCUCAACAUCUACGGUCCUGCCUACGUUCGACCAAUGUCAGUAGUUACUGCUGUGGCUGGGGAACAGCUUCUGAUAUCCUGUCCCGCUGCAGGCUACCCACUGGCCCAGAUCACUUGGUCCAGAGACGGACGCACGCUGCCUGUGACAGCCCGACAGAAUGUCUUCGAGAACGGGACGCUGGUGGUGAGACAUGUGCAGAAGUCUGCAGACGGUGGAUCGUAUACCUGCACCGCCCACGACAAGCAGGGGCGCACCCACUCCGCCACUGCCUCUGUACAGGUUCUCGUGCCUCCCAAGCUGAGUUCGUUCACUCUACGUCGUGACCUGGCGCUGGGGGAGCGGGUCUCCGUGCAGUGUACUGUCAAUGGAGGCGACACACCGCUGCAGAUCACCUGGACGAAGGACGGGGUGCCAGCCGAGAGCAUCGCUGGCACACAGGUGCGUCCGCUAGACCAAUACACCACCAUCCUUACUAUCAACCACCUCACCCCGCUACACACCGGCAACUACACGUGCACCGCUGCUAACGACGCCGCCACCGUCCGACACACCGCCCCUCUCAACGUCAAUGUGCCUCCGUCAUGGCUGGAGGCUCCCAGGGACACCUCCGUCACCCUGGGAGGAACUGUGGUCAUUCCUUGCCAUGCCCAGGGCUUCCCCACCCCGAAGGUGUCCUGGAGGAGAACCAGAGAGGAGCAGCCAGGACAGUACAGCCCCAUCCUAGGUAGUGGCCUAGGUCUGGGCGUGGGAGUGGCUACGAACGGUAGCCUGGUGGUUGUGGGCGCCCGGGCGGAGGACGAGGGUCAGUACCUGUGUGAGGCUUCCAACAGUGUGGGCGGAGGCCUCUCUGCCUUGGUCAAACUCACCGUUAAUGCACCUCCCAGGUUCGACUCGGGACUACAUCAGGUCGUAUCUGUGAGACGGGGAGCUAGAGCCUCGCUCCUUUGCCACGUUCAUGGUGACCCGCCCAUCACACUCAUCUGGCAGGCCACCCAUACCCACGCCCACGACCUCAGCGUGGUGCGUGAGGUGCCAGGGGGAGUGAGGGGAGAGCUGGUGAUCCCUUCAGUCAAGAUGGAAGAUGCUGGAGAGUUUACCUGUACUGCUUCCAACACCUACGGCACUGACUCCUUUGUUGUCAAACUUGUUGUCCAGGACGUGCCUGGAUCCCCUCACGGCCUGAGGGUGUCGGAGCGAGGAUCUCGAUACCUCAGCGUAUCAUGGCUACAACCCACUACAACCUCCCACACACCUGUCGACAAGUACAUCGUCCAGUACAAACCCGUCAGAGCGUCGUGGGCGGAGGGCGAGGAAGUGGGUGUAGGUGGCGACACCACAACAGCGAGGCUGGCUCCUCUGGUGCCAGACACACAAUAUUUGGUCAGAAUUCUCGCAGCUAACCACCUGGGAUCAUCUCCUCACUCAGAGCCUCUUCAGGUGCGGACGGAGGGAGAGGCACCUUCAGCCCCUCCUACCAGUGUACGGGCUGACGCGCUGUCACCCAGCAGCCUGAGAGUGAUGUGGGACUCGCCGCCCUCCCACACACACCACGGUGACCUCCUGGGAUACAACGUUGGCGUCAGAAGGCACGACCUGGGCGGCGAGGGAACGUACAAUUACAGCGUGGUGGGCGUGGGAGGAGGCGGAGGUGGGCGUGAGGUGGUAUCCGGCCUGAGGGCGUGGGUGCAGUACGCCGUGGUGGUGAGGGCGUACAACUCUCAUGGGGCCGGGCCACUGUCUCCUCCCGUGGUCGUCAGAACCACAGAGGACGUACCUUCAGCGCCUCCUGUGGGUGUGGAGUGCAGCGGGGGUGCUGGAGGUACCUCGCUGCUGGUGAGGUGGGCGCCUCCCUCUCCUAUAGAUCAUAACGGCCUCCUGCAAGGCUACCGCCUGUCUCUCACACGUCUUGAUGACUCGACAGAAGAGGUAGAGGAGCUGACGAGAAUGACCAACGGACGUGAGGAAAGUGUAGGAGGACUAAGACCUUGGACCAAUUACACGGUCACCGUUGCAGCAGUGACCCGAGCAGGUCCCGGCGUGACCUCUCCUGACCUCACCUGCACCACCAGAGAGGAUGUGGCCGGGGCACCGGCAGGUCUGCGGGCACUACAGUCGGAUGUGGGUACAGCAAUCCUCACCUGGCUGCCUCCACACCCGCCCACGGGCCUCCUUCUGGGCUAUACCCUCCACCACCGCCCACCUCACGCCCGUGCACCCACCCAGCACUCACUACACGCACAUGCCAAUUCCCACGUUCUAAAUCACCUCACCCACGGUACACACCAGUUCUGGAUGACCGCUCGAACUAGAGUGGGUGAAGGUCCCCCAACGCCCACAGUAAAACUCACCGUCCUCGAUCAAGUGCCGGCAGGGGUGGCUUCCCUGGGUGGCAAGAUAGUGGUUACUCAGGGGGAGGAUGUGAGGCUGGUGUGUGUGACAGUGGGCAGCCCCUCACCGAUACCCACCUGGACCAUAGAUGGCAGACACAUUGAGAAAGAUGAGAGGUUCAGUCAGGAGGCUGAUGGUUCAUUAAUGGUUCGAGGGGUAGAGAGGAGUGAUAGAGGAAACUACACCUGCUCCAUACACAGCGUUCGCAAGCAUCCUUAUGUCCACACCUCCACUACCUACACUCUACAUGUACAAGUGCCUCCCAGUGCACCAUCCGUCCACAUUGCUGAUGCUACGGCCUCCACACUGACGGUGUCGUGGGCGGCCGGAGACACAGGUGGGGCAGCGGUGCGGGCAUGGGCGGUGUGGUGGAGGGCGGCUACAGGUGGUGGCUCCUGGCAUACCCGGGAACUGGGUCGCAUGCACUCUAGAUACAUCAUCACCGACCUUCAGUGUGGAGCAGAGUACCAGGUAUAUGUAACUUCUAGGACACAUGUGGGGGUAUCACCACCUUCACGCCCACUCACCGCCCGCACGUCAGGCUCGCCGCCCGUGGCGCCGCCCACCCGGCAGGUAGCCUCGGGGAACAGUACAGGCAUAUGGGUGUGGCUUGGAAGGUGGGGGGAUGGUGGGUGUCCCAUCACCCACUUCACCCUUGAGCUCAGAAGACCUCGAGAUUCAUCUUGGACCACAUUGGCGAGCAGCCUUGCUCCUCAAGAGGUAUACGAGGUUGGAGGUCUUCGUACAGGCGCCACUUUUGGCCUCCGUCUGACGGGACAUAACGCCGCUGGGGCCACCACCACAACCGUCAAUACCAAUACGGGCCCCGGGGGCGGCCUGGGGGCUCAGCCAGUUGGGGAACUGGAGGAGGCUCUUCCUAUCCCCUUACACACCGAUCCUCGUCUCCUGGCCUCAGCCGCUGCCUCAGCACUAGCCCUGGCUCUCACAGUCGCUGCUGCUGUCCUCUGUCUCAGGAGACGAGCUGCGGCAGGACGCGGCAGCCGCGCAUCGCAGGAGGACCAAGAGGUAGAGGAGAACAAAACUAAUCUCCUGCAGCAGCGGGAUGCCUAUUAUGCUACCGUCAGGAAGCCUCAGCCGGUACCUGCCACGCUGGAGCGGAUACCAGAGUACUCAGAGGACAUCUACCCUUACGCCACGUUCCAACUUGGCGAAGGUCGUGGAGGGGGAGGAGGAGGUGGAGGUGGUGGAGGAGGUGGAGGAGGAGGAGGAGGCCAGGACGACACAGCCACAGCGAAGUUCCAAACCUUCGUCUUCCAGGACUCACGUUAUGGUGUCACGGAAGGACGACCACCUACUUCGCCCAGUCGCCCCACGCCCAUAAAGGCCCACGGGCGUAGUCGCAGUCAUGGGCACGUUGUGGGCGGUCCUCGGAGUGAAAGUGAAGAGUAUGACUCCCUUCAGUCCGACACCGACACGGAGCACGCCACAUCCUCCCGGACCGAAUCCUCCAUCCACCUGGAUUCUGCCACCUUGGAGAGCCAGGCGACGCUUCACCUGCCCCAUGAUCCUCACCUGGCCACGCUGGAGUGCCGCCCGGACGCCCACGCCGCCCACGGGUCUCGCAAGGCGGCAGCCACCAGGAACGUCCAUCACAAUCUCAUCUACCACGCGCCGGAGUCCAGCACUUCGACUGAACCUUCACCCAUCUUGGAGAGAAAGUCUUUUCCGCGUAAGACGGAGGGUAGCAAAGUGUCUCGGGUUGGGGCCUUCAGCAACCGCGGUCUCAACAAAAUGGCUGCAAGUAUAAGAGGAGCAACUCAGGAGACCAGCCUUUCCUUUCCCAAGAAACCUGGCCCCGGCCCUGAAGCGAAAAGCUCAGACGAUGGCAAAUAUGGGUUCACAAGGAAGAUUACACCACCAGUAGGGUUCUCCAGCAGUCACAACGAGCUGUCGGAGGCGGAGUGUGAUCUUGAGAUCACAAAGAGGAACAAUGAGGGUGAGGCUGCUUCUGGGGCAUACAUUGGUCAUUCCAGGUCCCAGUUUAGGUCGUAUGUAUCUGGACGAAAUAAUAAAGAUUACAGUAUUAAGGUAUAAUUAGGCUUCAUCUAUUAGUCCACUGAUUGUAAAUAAUUUAAAAAUAA